AUGAGUGGUCUUACAUUAAACUGUGUCUACGGGUCAUCGACAGCUACCAUUUCUGCAUACAGCGAAGAAACAGGGGAGCUGUUUGUGGGUGUAGGGCGUAUUGUAAAAAAGAUGAAAAUACGCAGCGGAACAUCAAGCAUCUUGAAAUUGGAAACAGAGGGGAACAUAAAAAGCAUUUCAGUUGACAGCGGAUUCCUCCUGGCUCUUGACGAGAGCAGCAAAGUAUACUUAUACAAUCUCUCCUACAAUGUAGAGGUCGGAAGAAUGCACGCAAAAGAGUGCAAGGCAGCCUAUGCAAAAGAAAAGAGAGUGUUUUUGGACUUUAUGGGGUAUCUCCAGAUAUGGAUCCCAGAAGACAACGGAUUCUUCACAUUCAAAAAAGACAAACACAUCACAGGCCACCAAGACAGCAUCAUCCUGAUGAACGGGACAAAAGAAGGGCUUAUUACAGGAUCAAAAGACGGGUCUCUAAGAGAGUACAGAGAAAAAGAAAAUGUUUCAAUUAAAGUCGCGAGGAACAAGUCGUACACAGUGGCAGCGCGUAAAAUAGACGGAGAGCUGUACGCAGUAUGGGCCAGCGGUGAAAUAAGCAAAUUCAUCUGUCUGGAAAAAGAUGAGUGGACUCCUGUCCACAGAAAGUUUACUAUGCACAAUCUUCUGGGCGCAGAUAUUUCCACUUUCGGAGAUAUGGCAGUUGUCAUAGAUACGAGCCACAACAUAAUGCUAUACAGCACAACAUCAGAGAGCAAGGAGCCAAUUAAGAAAAUAUUUGUCUCUGAAGGAAUAACCCAUGCCAAAUUCGUGGAGGAGGACGACUGGAUAGUUCUUUCAGGAAAUGGCUCUGUCGUGUGGGAGUGGAAAACCAACACUUUGCUGUUCAACGAGCAAGACUCUUCGUCUCAGAUGGUGGCAAAGGACAUAGGCCCAUGCAUCGUAUCGGGAACGGAAGCAGGAGACAUCUUUAUGUGGGACAAAGGAUCAGCUACAUGCAUCCAAAAGAUUUCAGAGCACAAUGCAGCAAUAGCCUGCAUAGUUCCGAUUAAAAGAGGAUUUGUCUCUCUUUCUUCUGGAGGAGAGUGCAAAGUGCACAAAGCAACGGGAGAAAUAGUCAAGCAAAUAAGCACAGAGAUGCGAAUCAUGAAGGGAGAUGCAGACGAAGACCUUCUAGUCGUUGCAGGCCCUGGGAUUAUGAAGAUGUACGAUCUCAAAAGAAGCAAAAUGAUCCAGGAGUAUGAAAUAGAUAUGCCACUUGCUGUGAAAAUAGUAGGAACAAGUGUCCUGCUGGCUACAAUGCAGGGACUCACAACAUUCUCGCCCUCCUCUGUGUCUGGAAAAGAUGGCGUAGAGCAGUUCGUUAUGGCAGAUAUCUCAGAAACACGAGAGGGAGUAAAGGUGUCGUGUCUUGGAGAAAGUGGAGUAGUAUACGCAUACAACCAGGAAAUGGAAGAAAUCGGAGAGUACAGAGUGCUAUCAGCGUACGGAAAUGGAAUGGGAAGAUCUCUGCCGCUUGGGCUAGUGCACACACAAGAAGGCGAGCUGAUUGUAACCUACAAGGUGCUCAGACCAGACAGAAUUGCAGGAUCCAGGGAGUCGAUGUAUGCAGCCAUAUUCCACCAGUCGCAGGAGAUUGAAAGAUGGAAAGUCGUUGAAAAUAUGGUGAAAUCGAGCGGAUAUAUAUUCAUAGAAGUGGGCACAUUCAGAGAGGCAGUGGGAGUGUGCACAGAGACUGGAGUGCUAAUGUUCACAGACCAGGCAGGAGGAGUAAAUCCUGCAGGAAUGUGGAAGAAAGAAACUCCGGAAGAAAUAGAAAAAAAAAUCGUGAAUGAAGGAGAUGCUUUGUCAGGAGCCAUUGGAGCAACGCAGCUGCAGAAUGCGAUGCUUAUGCGUCUGGCUAUAUCCACUGGUGAUCCUGUGAUUCUUGGCCGAUACUUCCCUCUGGAGAUGAUACCGCAGAGCAUUCCCGUUAUCAUGUCAGCUAUGUCUGAUGGGAUGGUUGAAAGAUCUCUCUUAUUUUUGAAAGAAUUGCUGAAAAGAGCACCAGGUGCUGGAAUAAUCAGAAAACAGCUCUCCCUGGCUCUUUCUGCAGUUAUUAACCUCACGCACGAAACAACAGGAAGUGCAGAUGCGCUGAUAGCGUUCCCACAUCUUACACAAAAGAAAACAGAAUAA